CCCAAAUUCCUCCUCAUACUUUUCUAGACCAUCUCCCAAAGCCCCCGGCCUUUAGCCUGCUGCCUGCAUCUUCCCUGUGUCACCCUGAAGCCGAGCAGCUUCCCCAUGCUCUGGGAGCUGAUCUUUUCCCAAGAACUCCCCUCCCCAACUCCAUUCCACCCCCAAUCCGCUUCCUCCCUCUGCAGAUUGACCCUCCUCCCUCCUUGUUCUCAGGCCCCCUGCUCUGUUUCUCUAGCUCCUCAACUUUUCUCUUUCCCCACUCCCACUCCUCCCAAGGAAACACGCCCUAAACUGCCACCGAAUGAAGCCUGCUCUCUUUAGCGUCCUGUGUGAAAUCAAGGAGAAAACCGGCCUCAGCAUUCGGAGCUCCCAGGAGGAGGAGCCGGUGGACCCACAGCUGAUGCGCUUGGACAACAUGCUUCUGGCAGAGGGUGUGGCUGGGCCCGAGAAAGGGGGCGGCUCAGCAGCAGCAGCUGCAGCCGCUGCAGCCUCUGGGGGCGGCGUGUCCCCUGACAACUCCAUCGAACACUCGGACUAUCGCAGCAAACUUGCCCAGAUCCGUCACAUAUACCACUCGGAGCUGGAGAAGUAUGAGCAGGCAUGUAAUGAGUUCACGACCCAUGUCAUGAACCUGCUGAGGGAGCAGAGCCGCACCAGGCCCGUGGCCCCCAAAGAGAUGGAACGCAUGGUGAGCAUCAUCCAUCGAAAGUUCAGCGCCAUCCAGAUGCAGCUCAAGCAGAGCACCUGCGAGGCUGUCAUGAUCCUGCGUUCCCGUUUCCUGGAUGCCAGACGAAAGCGCCGUAACUUCAGCAAACAGGCCACUGAGGUCCUCAAUGAGUAUUUCUACUCCCACCUGAGUAACCCAUAUCCUAGUGAGGAGGCCAAGGAGGAGCUUGCCAAGAAGUGUGGCAUCACCGUGUCUCAGGUCUCCAACUGGUUUGGCAACAAGAGGAUUCGCUAUAAGAAAAACAUCGGAAAGUUCCAAGAGGAGGCAAACAUCUAUGCUGUCAAGACCGCCGUGUCAGUCACCCAGGGGGGCCACAGCCGCACCAGCUCCCCGACACCCCCUUCCUCUGCAGGCUCUGGCGGCUCUUUCAAUCUCUCAGGAUCUGGAGACAUGUUUCUGGGGAUGCCUGGGCUCAACGGAGAUUCCUAUUCUGCUUCCCAGGUGGAAUCACUCCGACACUCGAUGGGGCCCGGGGGCUAUGGGGAGAACCUCGGGGGAGGCCAGAUGUACAGCCCACGGGAAAUGAGAGCAAAUGGCAGCUGGCAGGAGGCUGUGACCCCCUCUUCAGUGACAUCCCCAACGGAGGGACCAGGGAGCGUUCACUCUGACACCUCCAACUGAUCUUGCCCCUCAGGGUCACAGGGGUGGGGGCUCUCACAAGGCGACUCUUGAAGAGGACACAGGCUUCCAGAGGACAAACCCCAAAUACAGGAGAAGCACAAGACAGAGAAGGGCCAAUGGGGUCAUCCCCUCCCUAACUAGACUCUCUGUGCUGGGGGUGCUAAUUACAUGGCAGGAAGAAUGGGGCCUCUAAGGGGAGUGUGGGGUCUGUCUCCCCCUUUUUUCCAUCUUUUUCCUCUCGCUUUCUUUCUUACACAGAAACAUACAUAUACCCAGAAACCUAUCUCUCAGACCCCUUUUUCUCCUGUCUUCCUCUCUCUCCCUCUCCCACACCUCACACACACACUCCCACUUGCAACUAUUCUCUCUGGGCUCCCCCACUUUCCCUUCCCCACCCCACUUAUAUGUUCUGGAAUCUGUGGAGACGCCAGCCCUGCCCAACCAGAGAUGCCAAAAAUGGGGACAUGACUUCUGGACAGAGGACGUGGGCCACGCCCCCAUGCAUCCCCACGCCCGCCCCUCCAGACGGCUUACUUACCUCAUAUGCAGCUCAUCUUAAACCAAUAGAAUCGCUCGGUGGAC